GAGCAUGCGCACUGCUCCGGGGCUUUGCGAUAGGUUUCAAAAUAUUUGAACUCAUUCUUGCUGCUAAUUUUAGCCAAUAUUUCUAGUUGUUUGCUUUGAACGGAUAUUAUGUAUAUAUAUACUGUCUAUGUGCGGAAACAUCGCGAGUCGUUUUAAGGAUAGCAAUUAACACAACCUGCAUAUCGCGUGGCAUUAGCAUUCUUCGGUUGUUAGCCCUCACGGCGCAAAGUAACGUUGCAGCUUAAAUUACCAACAUUUCCCUGUCUUGUUUCUUAUGUUUAUAUACAAUCCAGUCUCUUAAAGGCGUUGAAACUCUGGAAUAUGUUUGUUUUGUGGAAGAUGUGAGGGCGGUGUUGUGAGAAAAACAGAGGAUGGACAGAGACUUGUUGAGGCAGUGUCUGGUCCAUCACGGAGAGUCACUGUUUAACAAACUGAAAUGUGAGCAAACUGAAAACCCAGACUUCCAGGCGGUGGUGACUGACCUGUGCAAAGCCACGUAUGAUGGAAGCAGAGGUGACGAGCAUGCCAGCCCACUGGUGGAGCAGUUUAUCGCCAGGAAGGCUGACAUCCUCUUCUGCCCGGCAUGGAAGACUGCCAAUCCACCACAACAGGAUGAAGAAGAGGAGGAAGAUGGAGAACCUUAUGCCAUCAUGCCACCAGUGGAGUUAUUUAUGGAGCUGCCGUACGAGGAGAGAAGAUCGAUGAUUUACAGGGACUUGGAGAGAGGAGACGUUGUGGUGGGACGGAUCAACAACAUUCGAGAAUACGGCUUCUUUCUUACUCUGCUUUGCAUGGCAGGAGGUCUGAAGAGAGACAUCGAGGACCUAGAACUGUCCGCUCUCUGUCAUGUCCGGGAAAUUCCCUCCACCAGCAGCCAUGAUGAUCCUCUGUCCUACUAUCAGAUCGGAGACUUGAUUAAAGCUGGAGUGAAAGACAUUGAUCGGUUCCAGGAAAAGAUCACAGUGUCCCUCCACCAGGCCUCACUUUCUCCCAGCUUGGAGCGCAUCAAACUGGGUGUUAUAACUAAAGAAGAUCUGCCCAUACACUACAGUCGGAGUGUUCGCAUUGCUGCCGACUCCAGCGAGACAUACGAUCGAAUUCUCACGAGAUGCCACGGCUAUGAAAACCCGUCUGUGGUGGAAUACCUGCUGCAGAAGGUGGGAAUCAGCGACACCAAUCCACCAUCCAUGAUGCGAGGAUUACAGUGUAAAGUUUUCCAGGAGGAGGAUUUUGCUUCUGCAAUCAGAAAGAAGCAGUCUGCAUCCUGGGCCUUGAAGUGUGUGCGUGCAGGAGUGGACCACUUCAAACAUGGCCGCCAUGUGGAGGCCAUGAACGAAUACAACAAAGCGCUGGAAAUCGACACUAAUAACGUGGAAGCGCUGGUGGCGCGAGGAGCUUUAUAUGCUAACAAAGGCAGCAUCAUGAAGGCUAUUUCCGACUUUGAAUUGGCUCUGGAAAACUGUCCGGACCACCGUAAUGCCAAGAAGUACCUCUGCCAGACUCUAGUGGAGCGAGGAAAACAGCUUGAAGAGCAGGAAAAACUAGUAACAGCUGAGGGCUUGUACAGGAGAGCUUUGUCUCUUGAUGACUCAAAUCCUGAGGCGAAAGAAGCCCUGCACAAUAUCAAUGACACCAUACAGAAAUCGAUUCGCUUGCGAGAAGAAGCUCUUGCUAAGGAGCAGGUCAAAGCUACAAGCAGCCAGACGAGCGCCGAGAAAUUACGUAAGAUCUUAAAAGAGGAGAAAAGGGCAAAGAAAAAACAUAAGCGAUCAGCUUCUUCCUCUUCAUCGUCUUCCUCCUCCAGUGGUAGUUCUUCUUCCUCAUCGUCGUCAUCCUCUCGCAGGAGGUCUAAGAAGAAGAAGAAAAAGCGGAAGAAGUCUGGGCGAGGAAUCAAACACCAUCGCAGGAAGAGUGAGGAGGGUAAGAGCGGGAAAGGCAGGAUGGAGAAAGAGGAGGAGGAAUUAGAGUGGUAUCCUGCACCUCCCAACACCUCCGCCACUUUUCUUAACCAAAAGGGUGGCCUUGUGUUUGGAGGGGGAGAACAGGACGGGAUGUUGGGGAGGGAAAGAGGUGAUGGAAAGAUUAGUCAGAUGUAUUCUAUGAUGGCAGCUUCAGAGGGGGAAGAAUCUGACUCUUCUCGCAGAGAAAGGAAGAGAAGGGACAGAGCAGAAAGUGGGUCGAGUAAAAGCAAAACCAGCAGAAGUCCACAGAGAAAGAGAGAUGAAAGAACAGUAAGUAGGGAUAGGAGCAGGGAUAGAUGGAAGGAGGAUAACAGAGGAGGCAGGAGAAACAGUGACUCCACAAGGAGAAGCAGUGUAGAGGAGAAUCAUACUCGAAAGCUAUCCAGCUCUCCAGCUGAGGUGGAAUGUCCUCAGAAAUCUAGUUUCCAGUUUGAGUAUUCUGGAAAGAACAGGAUGAGACGCGACUCGUCCACAAGGAGCUCCUUUGAUGGUUGUAGGUACGAGAAUAAGGAAGAGACAGAGAGGGAGAAAGGAAGUGUGAGGAGGAGAGAAGAGGAGGAGAGAACAGAUCCUGAACGGAGUAAAAAACCAGAGAGUGCUGGAGAUCAGAACGGCCAGGGAGACGGGAGGCCGAAGAAAAUCCUCCCUUCUAACCUGUUGGACAUUUUUAACCGGAUUGCUCAAUUCGAGAAGGAGAAAGGGGUCAAGCCAAAUAAAUAACUUCAAAAUAAAAGUUCACCACGUCCCCAUAAGAGAUUAAAUGAAAGAAAAAAGGAGAUUUGUUCAAUUUAAUCUUUGUUUGUGAAAUCAUCCAGGGCCAAACCUGUUGCUUGUUGAAUGUCAUCACUUGUUAUAAAUGGAUUACUUUCAGUGUUUAAGAAAUGGCUGGUUUACCCUCAGAUGAACGUCUGGCUUGCUUGCAGCUGCAGUAUUUUUUUUUAUCUGUCAUAGUUUGUCAAAAUGUCACCAUCUCUGUGAUCUCCCCAGUUAUAGGAGAACCAAUGAACUGUUUGACAAAUUGCUCUAAUUUCUAGCCAGACAGGCUGUAAACAGUUUGUUUUAUUGUUUUUUUUAAUGAAACAAGUUGCCUUUUGUUCUGCUGUGUGCCAUGCUGCAACUUCCUUCAGAGGCCUCUUCUUAAAACAUAGACGGUUAAUGCUGCUGUACGUUUUUCCCCUUAACAUGCUACAGAUGUUGCAGCUGUAAUCAGGAACAAUUUCAUCUGUUAUAACAAGAAUUAUUGGCACUAAUAAAGCAUUUAACCUGUGGAACCUUCAUGCA